AUGGUGAAAGUUAAUACUACUGCUAAACCUUGUGCAACUGUAUCUGGAAGUUUCAAUGCUAACAAAACUGUGGAGCUUCGAGAUGGACUGUUUCCAGAAUUUGAUCGACAUUGGCGAAUCUACGGGAAAACUGUGACAGUGUUUGACGCACCUAAUUCUCAUGACAUUAUCCUUGGUUGCGACUUUCUGGAUGAAUUGGGAAUUGUAAUUGAUUUUCAAAAUCAUCAAGUGAGAUGGAUCAACAAGAUCAUUUCAAUUAAAUCCAAACCUCAUUGGCAAAAUCAUACCAACGGGGCUCUUGCUUUGGAUCGUGGCUAUUUGGACAUUCUCGAUGAUGAUGAUAUCGCCAAUGAUGCGUUCAUCCUUGAUGCUAAAUACAAGGCAACCACUGGUCGUGAAAUUGCAUCCAAGCAAGUCCAUUUGACGACUGAACAACAAAAUCUCUUGGCAACUGCAUUGGAAAAUACACAAGAGUUUUUUGAUGGCAACCUUGAACACUACAAACACGAGAAGAUCCAUUUGGAAGUAAAAAAACGGUGCCGUUCCUGUCCAUUCCAAAGCGUACUCUGUUCCUGUAAAGCAUCAAGAUGCUUUUCUCAAGGAACUUUGCCAUUUGGAAGCCAUCAAUGUACUCAAAUGAUGCGGUCCAACAGAAUGGACUUUGCCUACAUUCAUCAUUCCUAA